GCGGAAGAAGGAGGAGGAGCUACAACAACAGCAGGAGUGGCAGCGGCAGCAGCUGGAAGCCCUGCGACUACAGAAGGAGGAGGAAGAGCGAGUUCAGAAAGAGGCUGCCGAGAGGGAGAGGUUGGAAGUCCAGAAAAGACAGCAAGAUUUGCAGAGACAGCUAGAAGCUCAGAGACGUCUGCAGCAAGCACAGAGAGACCAGCUGGCAAACAUCCAGUUGCCUGCAACCAGCAACUGGGCGGCUCAGCAGCAGAAUACCCAGGGGUCUCCUACCCAGUCCAGGUCUCUGACCGACAUCCAGGAGGAGGAGGCCAGAAAGGAGGAGGAGCGGGAGAGAGAGCUGCAACACAUGCAGAGACUGCAGGAGCAGGUUUACCUAAAGAAUCAACAGCAGCAGCUACAGAAGUCUUGGGCCACCCACAUGUCUCAAGGGGGUCCCGCCAAAGGGGUCUCGUUGCUGGACAUUCAGCUGCAGGAGCAGGAGAGCGCCAACAAGUCGCAGAAGGAAAAGCCCAGCACCCAGACCUACCAGGCCAAGCUUUCCCUGGCCAGUGCCUCCACAUGGACUGGGACCACAUCUGGAGGAACCUGGAGUGGUCAGUCCGUCUGGAACAGCAGCUACACAAACACCUCGACUGCCAUCUGGGACCAGGUGUCCAAUCAGCCAUCCAGGAAAUCUGCAGUUAAAGAGAGUGGAGAGUUCCCGGCCCUGAAGAACCAGACACCACAGGGGAAGAAAAACAGCGACAAGUCUGUCAAAACUAAAGUGGCGGGUGCUAAACAGAAGAAGGAAGAGGAGACUGUACAGAAGCUCUUUCAAACAAGGCAGCAAGAUGACUUCAGCCACUGGGUGAUGGAGCAUGUCUCCUCAUUCUGUGCACCCAUUGAUG